AUGGCAGGCAAUGGCUCCCUAAACCCUCAAUUCCUCGCGCCUCCAGCAGUGACGGCCUUGAGGCAGGAGGCCCGGAACAUCAAUCCGAAGAUGACUAGGACGAUGAGUGACGAUAUGCGGGAGGAAAGGGCUGAUUUGAAGGAGGCAGCCGAGCAGACGUUGAACAUAAUCGUGGAUCUGGAUUUAGAGGGUCGCAUCAAAUGGGUCAGCCCAUCGUGGAAGCAGGUCGUGGGGUCGUCCCCCGAUUCGGUGGAGGGUCGUAUGAUCUCCGACAUUCUGCUUGGGAAUAAGGACGUGUUUCACGAUGCAAUCGAAUCGAUGAAGCAGGAUGAUUCGCGCAGUCGUUUCAUCCGCUUCGCGGUGCAGAUGGGCCCGGACUCGGUCCUGAAGUACUCCCCAGAGCCGCGCCCUGUGGAUACGACAGCUGAGGCGACCGAGGAGAAAUCGGAAGAGAAUACCGAGCCUUCGCAGGAGAUGCAUAAACAGAAGGAGGACGUGCUCACUAUGGAGGGGCAAGGAAUCAUGGUGUAUGACCGCACUGACAAUGAGGCUGGACAUACCAUGUGGAUGCUCCGGCCGUUUACCGAACCGAAAGAAGUGACUAUCGAUCUUCCGCCACUGUUGGUGGAGUCUUUGGGCGUCGGAGCAGAGGUGCUGGCGAACUACUUGACUACACUGGCAGAGGCGGCGGCCAACGAACCGGAUCCUGCGAAACACCCUGCCCCGACCCCGGUGCUAUGUCGGAUUUGCGAGCGCCAGAUCACCCCAUGGUGGUUCGAGAAGCAUACAGACCUCUGUCUCCAGGAACAUCGGGCCGAAAUGGACGUCCAGAUCGCGCAAGAAAACCUCAACGAACAUCGUCAUGCCAUCGUGAAAGUGUUGGAUGCGCUGGAGGCCCGACAAGGAAGACCUCUGAUUGGCAGCGAUGGCAAUCCAGCGCCAUCGUCUCAACCCGAGUACAAAGGGUUGCCGAUCGGCCCGUCCCCGGCUAGCUCUGCCCCAUCCUCCGAUCCUGUCUCGAGCACCAGCUCUGCCCCCAACACCCCGCCUCGCUCGCGCGACCAUUCGGCGUCAGGCAUCAUCGCCACCCGACCCCGGUCGUUCACAGUGCGGCGACCACUGGCUCGCAUUGUCGAGCUGGUUCUCGAUCUAUGCGACACUGCGUUGGAGAUCAGCAUGCCAGUUAUCAAAGAGUCGUCCCGCCCAGAGAACGGAGAAGAGCCCCGGACUUUGUCCCCGCAGUCCGAGUCCCGGAUCUCCCAAGUGCUUCAGUGGCAGUCUCCCAGCUCCAACACGUUGGAACAAGAACAGGGUCUGGCCGCCUUGUCAGGGGAUACGGAGCAGGUUUCCAAGGCCAAAGUCGAUGCGGUCGUUCGUCAUCGCAAGAUUGUGGACUAUGCGGAGCGAAUCCGCAUCGAAUACACUGUGCUGGUUGAAGAGUGCAUCGCAGCGGCUCUCAGUAAAGCAGAGCGGAUCGCUGCCGGCCAGCUCAGCGAUUCCUCUUGUUCGUCCGAUGACGAGGCCCAGCAGGAGACUCGUCUUGGCAGCAAUGAGGAUCUCAGCGAUAAAAAUAUCGACAGCAAGCCUGCCGAGGAAGAACCAUUGCCGCAGACUGCCCCCCAAGAACCGUUAUCGCCAGCACCCCAGCAGCCAGUACCUGCUCCGCGGAGGCAGACAUCUGCACUGACUCUGUCUAUGCGCAACUCCCCAGAUCGGUCAACGCCGUCACAGUCGGAGGGCAAGCCGUCCUCCGUGGCUGUCUCAACAGGCUCCAACAGUCCCAUGGAAUGUCCCACUCCUCGAUCGCACAAGAGUGCCGUGGGAUUGCUGGGUACAUCGCAGUCUUCCCGUAGAGGUCUCUCACUCAUGGAUCUUGAUGCAGGCGAGAGUAGCGAUAGCAGCAUACCGUCCUCUGCUUUUCCUGGUGGCGUGCGUACGGAUUCGCCCUCUUCUGAACGGAGCUUUGACCGGAAGCGCAGAAGCUUAGUGCUCACCGGCCUAUCCAGCUCGCCUCGUCGGCAGCCUUCUCCUGCUCGGGUUUCUGGCCCGCACUCUCCAUUGCGCAUGCCCAAGCCCCGGCUUUCUAGUGGGGCCGAGAGCUUGCCAUCUCCCAUUGUGUCCCCCUCGACCUACGCUGGAGAGUUGGCUCACCAUUGCCGUCAUCACCGGCGUCAAUCUUCGGCGACAUCCUCUGAUGUUGCGAAGCCUCCAGUAUCCCCACGUCUACCUUCGGUCAGCCAACAACCUCGUCCCGCCCCGACCUCUAUCAAAGACUUCGAGAUCAUUAAGCCGAUCAGCAAAGGCGCCUUUGGCAGUGUCUAUCUGUCCAAAAAGAAAUCCACUGGGGAAUAUUUUGCCAUCAAGGUCUUGAAGAAAGCCGACAUGGUCGCUAAAAACCAGGUCACGAACGUCAAGGCAGAGCGGGCCAUCAUGAUCAAAGAAUAUCUUUACUUGGUGAUGGAGUAUUUGAACGGAGGUGACUGUGCUUCGCUGGUCAAGGUCCUCGGCGGGCUUCCCGAGGAUUGGGCGAAGAAGUACAUUGCCGAGGUGGUGCUUGGUGUUGAGCACCUCCACAACAGAGGAAUUGUUCAUCGCGACCUCAAGCCAGAUAAUCUCCUGAUCGACCAGACAGGUCAUUUGAAACUGACCGAUUUUGGUCUUUCCCGGAUGGGUCUGGUGGGCCGCCAAAAGCGAGUGCUCAAGAGUCCCAAUGAGCCUGCCCCGGAUCUGCUCAAGCAGGGGCCUUUUCCUCGAGCAAUUUCAAUUGCAUCUUCUCGGUCAGCCUCAUUCGACUUCCAGGCAAGUACAUCGCCCGGCUCUACACCGGUUAUCGUUCCCGACACGGCCACUCAUGUUAGCCAACCGUCCUAUUUCAACCUCAACCACAGUGGUCCUAGUCGGCAGAGUUCUCGCCGGGCGUCGGGAUAUAGGAGUGACAGUGCCGGCAGUGAUAGUUUGAACGGCAUGUUCAAGACGUUUUCACUGAACGAUGGCGCACAUGAGCCUCCAGCACCUUCACCCAGCAUAUUCUCGACUAGUCUUGCGGAAGAAGAGGGCCAAAGCGAACCGGGCGAGUCUCCCCAUCUCUAUCCGUUGCAGCCGACGUUCAGCAACCCUGCUUUGCACAAUACACCUCCGCAGCAAAGCAUGCUCCCUCCAGUGAUGGCACUUUUCGACCCGGAAGACCAUGACCGUCGAUUUGUGGGUACCCCCGAUUAUUUGGCCCCAGAGACGAUUAAUGGUGUUGGGCAAGAUGAAAUCAGCGAUUGGUGGUCCUUGGGCUGUAUCAUGUUUGAGUUCAUUUUUGGAUACCCACCGUUCAAUGCUUCGACACCCGAUGAGGUGUUUGAAAACAUCCUCCACCGCAGGAUUAAUUGGCCGGACGAACCGGAGGAGUUCACAUCUCCCGAGUCGUUGGAUCUUAUGAACAAGCUCAUGACUCUCAAUCCCCGUGAACGGAUUGGAGCCAAUGUGGAAGAGAAGUUUGCAAAUGGCGGUGCAGAGAUUCGCGGCCACCCAUGGCUCGCCGAUAUCAACUGGGAUACCCUGCUGGCAGACAAGGCUCAAUUCGUCCCCAAUAUCGAAAACCCCGAGGAUACGGAGUAUUUCGAUGCUCGUGGCGCUACCCUUCAGGCUUUUGCAGAAGAAUUGGAGGACGAGCAGUCUCCCCAGCCGCCAGCUUCGAGCGGGUCUUACCCAGACCGUCCACACGAUGCACUUUUCAAGGUUCGUACGCAGGCCAACUCAAUGAAGCGGCCACUCAUGCCACUCUCGAUUCCGCCUCAUGUCCGUGAUGCCCGCGAUUCUCGCAGUCGGAGAUUGAGCGAGCCAUCACUGGCCGACGACUUUGGAAGUUUCAACUUUAAGAAUCUUCCAAUGCUGGAGAAGGCGAAUAAGGAUGUGAUCCAGAAGAUGCGCCAAGAAGCUUUGCAGACGCAGAGUCGUCAAUCUACAUCGUCAUCAGCUGCUCAGACGCCAGCGACCGCAUCCCAGCCUUCCUUGGAAGGGAGCCCACUUCCCAUGUCACUUCAGCGUACCCUGUCGCAGAACAAAGGAAACAACCGGCCGUCCUCUCCGUCGAGUAUGAGCCAGGCAAACUCGUCACCAAGUCGUCCAUCACAACCUUCCUCCCCUCUCCUGGUUCAAUUCAGUACUGGCAAUAACCACGAGCGGCGCAAGACUUCAGGCUCCUCUUCGACUACCUCCCACCAGUCAAGUGGCACUUUCCAGCCCUCCCCUAUUGACACAACGCGCAUGCCCAACCUUAGGUUGGGCUCAGUGGCAUCUUCUCCAGUGAAGGCCAACCGCAUACCUGCUCAUUCUCCUGACAAGCACCCUGCCAGUCAACGGCAGGGAAGUGCCCCGGCGAGCCGAGCCCGAUCCCAGACGAUCGGCUCCCAGGAUGGCGAGGUAUCUUCCUUGGCUAAGGAGUCUUUUGUGCCGACUCAUCACAAGCGCCGCAGUCAGCUCUUUGAUAUUUCGCCUUCAUCAUCCGACAACGAGGAUCCCCGCACCAAGGCAUUGCUCAAAGUCCAACGCCGGCGACAAAGCUCUCGACGCCUUUCGCAGUUCAAUAUCCAGGACGGGCCGUUCUUCCGUCCAUUGGAUGUGCUCAUUUGUGAGGAUCAUCCGGUUUCGCGUUUGGUGAUGGAACGCCUGUUCGAGAAACUCCGUUGCCGGACCAUCACUGUUACAAAUGGUGCCGAAGCUGUGCGCUAUGCUUUGAGCGAAGUGCAGUUCGACAUCAUCAUGACCGAGUAUAAACUGCCUCAAGUGAAUGGGGCCGACUUUGCUCGUAUGGUCCGGGAGACCCGCAGUGCCAACAGACAUACGCCUAUCAUCGCUGUCACAGGAUAUCUGAAAGAUCUUCCUGAGACUCAUUAUUUUGAUGCGCUGAUUCAGAAGCCCCCGACACUGCCCAAGCUCACGGAAGCUUUAUGUAAGUGGUGCAUGUGGAAGCCGCCUCCCAAGGAUUACAAUCCUCCUCAGCCUUUAUCUGUCCCGAUUCCAGCUGCGCGCCAUAAUCCGCUGCCCGCCGAUGAUAGCCCUAGCUCGGUGUCGUCUGGCUUUGUUCCCAAUCCACCUAGUUCUUACCGAGGGUCCAGCCGCGAUGACUCCGUGACCAGCAGCGUGUUCGGAGACAUGGAGUCUAUCAAACCAGAGGAGGUUCCAGUCAUUAUCAGUCGCAGUGCGGAUGACUGGGAACAAGGCCAUGGUGGAUUGGGGAUAUCGGAGGAUGCGGUUGCAUCCCCGGGCAGCCCAGACCCCAAAGCUGUGCCUCUUCCACAACUUCUCCAUGCUGUCUCGGCGCCUGCGGCAAUGGAUGGCACCGGUGCGCUUACACCCCGCAAACAACGGUCCAGUGAAUCCAUCCGCGCCAAACGUGAGUCCCUGGAGAAGAAACGCUACGAAUGUGAAGAGUCCGGGGACGACGAGGACGAAGAGCUUGGACACUCCCAAGCCCGUCGCAGCCCCCCGACUCGGUCUCGCCGCCCAGGCUCCAAGUUGGGGAUUGAGAUGAUGCGGACGAACAGUCGAGGUAGCGUGGUUAGCGGGAGUGAGGAGGUGCUGAAAAAGGAGAGGGAGGCACUCCGUCAAGCCGGCGAGUCGGUUGAUACCGACAGCGAGGGACCUUUGGGGUCGCCCGCCAGCACCAGCCUUGAAGAACGCUUCGAGGAUCUCAGCAUCCCCGAGGAGUCUGAGAUUGACGAGCCACAAAGUCCACGGGGCUCCCCUUCCCAGGAGUUCAUGUCAUCCUCUCAGCAGGGCCGACCAUCUCUCGCGCACCAAGACACUUCAAUCUACUCUGGGCCAUCUGAUCCGCCUGCAUUAAAAUCCGACCCGGGCGAGCUGAAGCACGGUCAAACAACACCGCCGUGGGAGCUGACUGCGACUGAUCCGUCGAACCUGGCUGCCCCUCCGAUCACCCCCGAAGUCAAGAUAUCCGAAAAUAGCCAAUCUCUGGACCCCGGUUCUGGGGCCGACACAGACUACAGUCCCACGCCGGACUCUGAAGCCACUCCGCGACCCCUCCAUCCAUCUCCCAACCUGGAUCCCGAGCAGACACCCCGCGCUCCGGGGCGACAUCGCUCGGAUCUGACCUCGGCGUUCCAACAAUAG